UUUCGCCCAACUUGUAUCUCCAGGCCUCCCUCCCUUUAUUUUCCCUUUCUUUCAUUCUUACGUCUCUUUUUGGAUUUUAUGUGAUUUUUGGAUUUUGACAUGCCCAUCUAAUCCAUGAAUACACAAGAGAAUAAGAACAAGAAAUUGAAAUAUGAAAUUCAUGGGAUUGGAUGAAGAAGAUCGGCACUAUAUGAAAUGUGAAGACGACCGGAACACCGGCCAGAUUUUUCUUCUUCGCCGGAGUUUGGUCGAGGAAGACGACCAGACGGCGCUCAGAUCUCUGCGAAACCAAAAAACAGCGGCAAUGACAUCCAGGCAGCGACAUUGAGGUUGGGGAAGAUGACCGGCGUUUGGAUCCAGGUGGCCAGACCCAUGAUUGUAAAGCAAAGAGAGAGGGUGGGGGGAGAAUUGCAGGCGCAAGAGGAGUGAGUCGGGAGAAGAAAAGGGGAUGGGGAAGAAAGAGAGAAAGAAAGAAAAGGGAGAAAUCGGUAAGAUCUAGGAGCAGAUGAAGGAUGGGAGUUCACGCGUGUUGAGAGCGUCUCUCCGGAAAAGGAUUUUUACGUGCAGAGGACUGUUUUACGAAUCCUUUAUUUGCGAACGAUUGCUGUUAGGUGUUGUUUAGAAUUCAGCUCUUCUUGUGUCUGCGUCGUAUUUACAGGUUGGUAGCGUGGUGACUCUGAGUCUCCGGCUACUGUUCAUCGUCCUUGUCGUUUGGGAUGGUACGGACUAAACAGGGGACUGGAGUGACGCCCAUGGUCACCAGGUCGUCAUCCAGAUUCCGCCUUUUGGAAGCUAUGCCGGAGGAUUUCCCUGUAUUGAGUGCUGAACACUUCAAGUCUCGAAGCUUGGCCAAACCUGCUAACGCCUACUGCCAACCCAGCCGUGGAAUUACCUGCUGAGCUUUCUGUGGAUACGGCUACUGCUUGGAUAGCCAAACCUGCGCAUUUUGUGGUUUCAAAGGAAAAAAUUAAAGAUGCUAAGUUGGCAGUAACUACUGCAGCUAACCAGGGAAUGCUACACCUUGGUCCUCCCUAUUCAAGGACGAUCGAGCUCCUUCGAAUGACUUUAAAUUGAGGAAGAACCUGCCGCUGUGUUGGAAACUGGAAUUGCGUUUGAAUUUGCUGAUUUGGAUGCUACUGCGUUUGAGAAGGCUAAAGUUUCUGCCCAGAAAGUUCCUGCCCAGGACGUUCCAGAGGUGGUAGCUACUGCUGCGUUUGAAACUAUGGAUUUUGAAGCUGCUGCUGCUGCUGACGUGUAUCCCUUGGAAACUGCAGCUGCGUUUACUGAUUUGGAGGUUACUGCCAUAGAUAAUUUCCUGGGUGUAGCUACUGCGGAUAAAGAAGCUGCUGGGAACAUUAGUCAGGCACAGAUCGAGAUCGAGGUAAGGGAGGUUGGAAUGGAAGCCGCUGCGCCGGAAGUUGCUAUUAUUGCACGGGAAACAGCUGCUGGGAUGGAAGAUGCGCUGGAACCUGCUGCUGCAUCGAACCAAAAUGGCAACAAAAAUAAUAAAAAGGGAAGAAGCAAAAGAAUAAAGGGUGAGUCAGACGAGAAGUAUAAAAGACGACUUGAAAGACUAAUCGGAAUGAAAGUAAAAUGAUACUUCAUUUUAGAUUUUUUAGAAAUGUUGAUCUUGUGAUGUGGGGGCUGCCCCUUUUCUAAAUGAAUUAUUAUAUCUAGGUUAGUUUUUCUAGCUUAGAUAUCCGUUGAGGUCUGUUUUUGAUGCAUUGUAAAAUGUUACUUAUUGGGUGUUCAUAUAUAUACUUACAUUUCAU